AGAGAAAACAAUACAGAAGAGAGAGAAGGGAGAAGGGAGGCUCUCAAGCUGCCGCUUCCAGCAUCUCUCUGCCGACUUUCUAAACCCUAGAGGUCAGAAGAAGCCCUCUCUACCCCAUUCUCUUCCUUUAUCCGGUUGGCGGGGACUCCUCUUUCUUUUCUGGCGCCCUGACAUACAACGGAGAUCCUUGUUUCAUUACACCUCGCCUUUUCCUCUCUGAGAGAACCGCUGUUUUAAUCGGAUGGUUUUGAGAUCGCAGCGGCUGCUGGGGCUCUAGCGAUUCGAAAUUCGCUUCUGUUCUUUUUGGGUUGGAUGGAGGGGAGUUCCGAGGUUAGAUCCGUGCUUGAGAGGUCUGCCUGAUUGAUGAUUGGGCCUUUUGGACGCUUAGGACAAAGACGGGUUGGUAAUGGAAGAGAACCGAGAGUCUUCUGUGGCUGUGAGAACGAUCCGGGGGCUGGAUUACGUGAACAAUUGCAACGCGUCGUCCGGGUCAAGUGCAUGGAUUGGAAAGGGACUUUCCUGUGUUUGCGCCCAGAGAAGAGAAACGGAUGCUCGAAUAUUGGUUGAACUUACCCCCUUGCAGGGAGAAUGUCUGCGAAGGUUACAAAAUCGUAUAGAUGUUACUUAUGAUUGUUCAAAGCUAGAGCACCAGGAAGCCUUAAGAGCCCUAUGGCAUGUAGCAUUUCCUGAUGUUAAAUUACAUGGUUUGAUAUCUGAACAAUGGAAGGAGAUGGGGUGGCAAGGGAAAGACCCAUCUACAGAUUUUAGGGGUGGAGGAUUUAUAUCAUUGGAGAAUUUAUUAUUCUUUGCAAGAACUUUCCCUAAAUCCUUUCAAGAUCUUCUCUGGAAGAGAGUGGGUAACCGAUCCUUGUGGGAGUAUCCCUUUGCUGUUGCUGGUGUGAACAUAACAUUCAUGCUGAUACAAAUGCUUGAUCUCCAAGCUGCAAAACCAAGGACAAUGAUGGGAGCGCUGUUCUUAAAGAUACUCGCAGACAAGAGAGCCUUUGAUUUACUAUACUGCAUUACUUUUAAAAUGAUGGAUCAUCAAUGGCUCACCAUGCAGGCUUCCUACAUGGACUUCAAUGCGGUUUUGAAAGCUACACGGCGUCAGCUGGAGCGUGAGUUUUUGCGGGAAGAUAUACAGCGUUUGCAUGACAUGCCUUCAUUCAGGCUCCUCGUUCGGUAGUUAAUUCUGCUUCACUUGUCUUUGCUUAUACAGCUUUUGCAUGAUAUGUCUUCUCUUACGAAAUCGAAAAAUUAUCACGUGUGGUCACUGGAUCAUCCGGAGGUCAAUCAGGUCACGUCAUGUCAUCUGAUACAGUGGUUACACAGUCACUGUACACUAUAAAUUGGUGAUGCGGCGCGUCCAAAGAGGCCAAUCCGCAUCAUGACAUCCGAUACACAAUGGUACACACAGUUACAGUACUCCAUAAAUUGGUGAUGCGGUGUGUCCUGAUUGACCAACGGACGACGUCGGUAACCACGCUUAAUAAUUUUGCUGACAUCUGCUUUGCAGUCAUUGGUUUUCUGAAUAGAGGUCAGUUGGCCUGUUGCUUUAUUCCAUUUUUAUUUAGUGUGCGAGUUUGGCCUUCAUUUGAUUUUGCGAGUUUUCACAAUGUUCCAUCUUAUUUAAUUUGAUUAUUGUUCCAAGUUAUAGAUGUCAAAUGGCUAAAAUUUAUUCUAGAAUAUUCUCAAGAAAUUUUAAUCGUGAUGAAUAUAAAAUCUGUUGAAUUUGCUUUAA